AUGGGUAAUUGCUGCGGAUAAUCCUCAAUCAUGGAGUGUCACUAGCAAUAAAUUGUCACCAAGGAUCUCUUAGGUGAAGAGUAUGCAAACAAGGCUGCAUUAACGAUUCAAUCCUAUGUUCGAGGAUAUUUGAUUAGGAAAAAGCAUAGAAAUCACAAAAAUAAUAGUGUGGCCAUCACAGCGACCAAUGAAUAUAGUUACUCAAACAAACAAAGCAGAUAAGAAAUUUAGUUGGUCGAUUUAAAAGGGCUCAACUCUAUCUCCAAAGAAACUAACAUACCUCAAAAUCUCAAAACUAUCGAAAAGGUACCAGAAACGCUUGACAAUUAAACAAAAUCAGUACAUUUAUUCUUUAAAUUUGAUUCCCUUUUUUAGUUGAGGCAAGGCCUACCCAAAUUUAUUUAUGAGGAGUCCCAAUUAGAACCAGGCUUGAUAACAAGAGGACCCGUGCAGGAUGAACUUGAUCAUAUAUAUAUAGGUUAAUGGAAGGAUAAUGCAAAAUGGGGUCGAGGAAUCUAAUAUUGGUCGGAUGGCUCCUACUAUGAGGGAUACUGGAGGGAUAAUAAAUAAAAUGGAAAGGGAAGACUCAUCCAUGUGGAAGGAGACGUUUACGAAGGCGAUUGGUUAGAUGACAAAGCCCACGGCCAAGGGAAAUUGACCACUUCCAACGGAGGAUAUUAUGUUGGCGGCUGGAUUAACGACAAAUAAAAUGGUUAAGGCAAGGAACUAUGGCCAGAUGGAGCAAGUUUUGAAGGACAUUAUGUUGACGGCAUGAAAUUUGGUUAAGGCAUAUACACUGUUGCCAAUGGUUCUCAAUAUGUGGGAGAGUUUGCAGAUAAUUGCUUCUGUGGUUUUGGAACUUACAAAUGUUCGGAUGGAACUAAAUACAUAGGGUAUUGGAAGUAAAAUAAAAUGAAUGGAUAAGGAGAGUUUCAUUGGAAUGAUGGUUCAAAAUAUAUUGGAGAAUUCCUAAACGAUUUAAGAGAUGGAUUUGGCACAUUUUAUUAUGGCGAUGGAAGAAUUUAUAAAGGGUAAUGGAAAAUUGGAAAAAGACAUGGCAAUGGAACUUAUAUUGGGAGAAACAAAGUGGAAAAAUAAGGCAAAUGGUAGAAUGGAAUUUUUGUAGUCUGGGAAAAAUAAUUUACAAACUCCUCCGUUGGUGACGAUGCUCUAUUUCAUUGA